AUGAGUACAACCUUUGCUUCAGUUCCUGUUAGUUGCACAGAAAAUGCGCUGCAGCCUGAGAUUUUUCUAUUUUCUCUCAUUUUCUUCAAAUCAAGACUUUCUGUGAGGUCUGGAUCAGCGGAGGAGAGAAUGUCUGCCCUGGAAGUUAUAUUUCUUGUGACUGCAGUCCUCUCUGUCUGUAAAGGCCAGCGUUACAACAUCUGCAAUGUCGAACCCAAAGACGUGCACAUCGAAGUGGGUUCCAGUGUCAAGAUAAUGUGCCAGUCUUCAUGUGUGAGCGGAAAAAUCCUUUGGACCCUGAACAACAAGCCCGUCAGUGAACUUUUGUCGACCCGUAUUAACUCAACGCACACCGAGUUGUCACUGAAGAACGUCACCGACUCGAGUGCAACGCUGGAGUGUCACAGCUCACGUACGCAUCAAGUACUCGGUGGCACCACCAUCAAAACCUUCUCAAGGCCCAACAAUGUAUCGUGUGUGUUGCAUUAUAAAAACCAAGAGUCAGUUGGUGUCCCCGAGCUCUUCACCUGCAGAUGGGAUCAUCUUACAAGUCCUUCAAAAAAAAUAAACUACACCGUACUUAUGGGUACAUCUUCAAAAACGCCUUCGCUGACUGAAAUUUGCAUCUCACGAGUAACGAACUGCACGUACAAAGAUAUCAGUCUAUCUGGACAUUUAAGCCUUUUUGAUAACCACAUUGUUAUUGUCAGAGCUAGAACAGCCGCAUGGAAGGCGGACUCCGAUCCUUUUGAAUUUGACCCUGAACACAUAAUAAAGGUUAACCCCCCAAUGGUAAAGGUGACUCCCUCCUCAGAUCAUCUGGAAGUUACGUGGCGAAGACCGUGCAGUGAUGCGUACAUGUGCUUCUGUCAAGUCAAAUACUACAAGGCAUCAUUGCCAAAUGAUGAAACCCCAAAGAUGGUUUCCACAACUAAUCGGAGCAUCAGUAUCAAAGAAGUGGCAUCGUGCGUUAUCUACAAUAUUUCAGUCCGGUGCGCCCAGGAACUGGGUCUUUGGAGCGAUUGGAGCCCGGACAAAACUAUUCAGACCAAACUAAACAAGCGUCACGUCAGGCUGCACCUGUGGAGAAAAGUGGCUGCAGAAAGGCAAAAUGGAAAAAGAAAAGUUCAUCUCAUGUGGACGGGCAUUCCUUCAAUGUGUGAAGAGCCUUUUUCCUACACCAUUAAACAGACUUCCUACACAAAGCACAGCAUCAUGGGAAAUUAUACGCAUACAUCAUGUGGCAGCUCAACUUGUGACAUUGAAGUGGACCAACGUGCACACAGAUUCUACCUCACAGUUUCCAGCAAUGAAGGCCUGCUUGCAGAGAAGUCUGUUUAUGUUCCAAAUGUUGAAGAGAGCCUUCCACAAAUUAAUGACAUCCAAGCCUUAACACACGAGGGCAUUACGAAGGUCAGCUGGACGGCGCCUGUUCAGCCUGUCAGUGGUUACGUAAUUGACUGGACCCAUAAUGGAGAUCAGUACGAUUGGAAGAAGAGCACAUUCGCUAAUGCAACUCUGUUUGACUUAUUGAACAGAACGCAGUAUAAUAUCACUGUGACUCCCCUCCUCAAUGACAGAACCGGUCGAAGCACACAAGCUCUUCAGAUAUGCUCCAGCCUGGGAGUUCCAGAGAAUGUUGCUAUCAGAGAUGUGCAAACGUACGACACAAGUGCCUUUGUGGAAUGGGACACAAAGCCCCAGCACACGUGCAGCGCUGUUGUUACCUUCACAGUUUUCUAUGAGCUGCAUGAAGGAUCACUGCUCAAUAUUACUGUAGAUGGAAAAAGCCACAACAUCAUUUUAAAGGAUCUGAAGCCAGAGACACAGUAUAGUGUCUUUGUUGAGGCCAAAGGUCACGAUGGGACUACCAUGAGCAAAAAAAGUUUUUUUACCACCAAGAAAAAUGAUCCCAGACUCAUUAAGGUUCUGAGUGUGUGUGGAAGCAUCCUGUGUCUUCUCGUGUUGUUUCUGGGGCUAUGCUGCGCCAUUCAGUGGAGGAAGUUUAAGGAAAAGCCUGUGCCAAAUCCAGGUCUCAGUUCUGUGGCCAAGUGGCUGUCGCAAAAUCAUCAAAAGAAGUUGUGGUUGUUCCAGCCAUUCACUCAUCACUCUGAAACCAUCUGUGACCAGGUCCACACGGAGGAAAUUCAAAGUGAAAACACACUUUCAAUCACUCCCAAUCGUUACGCUAACAAAGCCAGUGACCACACAGAUGAUUAUUGCAACCCGUCCGCCACUUUGACUUCAAAUGCAUCGGAUGACAAUGCAUUCGAUUCUACAGAGACACAGCUCCUGUCUUCUCCAGGAGAAUCCAUUUCAUCCUUGUCCACAGAGAGCAGCUCCAUGAAUCCAUAUCGAAGCCAGAGCUCAGUGGAAACCUCAAUGCCAAGAACUAAAAAACAGAGUCAGGUCGAUUCAGUCAGACCGCACGCAAAGACAUCGCCAAAGAGUGUAUAUGUCAGUUUAAACAUGUUGGAACAAGGUAAUGUUAGGUGAAAACAAAGCACAGGAUGAGUCAUACCGCUCUGAAGAUGGGGCUGUUUCUAUGACAGCAGGCAGACUGAUUGGAAA